CUCCUGUACAGCUCUGAGGGUGGAGAAUAUGUCGUCUGCUGUGACGGUGACCGUUCUGGGCGCAGGGUGACGUCUAAACACAGACAUCUGUCUGCAGGGAUUGUGACCCCCGUCUUAUGAAUAAUACCAGGUGUCCUUCAUGCCGUCCUGCUCUUUGGCCUGAGGCGGAUCCAUCCAUUCAGGACGCAGUAAUAUGGGUUCUUAUAAAAUUGCAUUAUCUGUCCUGACUGACCCAUCAACCAUGGAGAGAGACAGGAACAAGAUGGCUGACAGGAUCAUAAACCUCACCCUACAGAUACUCUUCUGGCUUACUGGAGAGGAUUACACAGUAGUGAAGAAGUCCUCUAGUGGGCGCUGUCGGGCCCCUGUGUGUGAAGGAUGGGAAAGAACCCUGAGCCCAAUCCCGGGGCCCCCACCUCACUCCCUGAUACAUGAGGAAAUAGAGGAACAGGAGAUCCUAGAACUGUUCAACAAGAUGAUGGAGCUGCUGACUGGAGAGGUUCCUAUAAGGUGUCAGGACGUGGCGGUCUAUUUCUCCAUGGAGGAGUGGGAGUAUGUAGAAGGACACAAGGAUCAGUACAAGGAUCAGGUGAUGAUGGAGGAUCAGCAGCCCCUCACAUCAACAGAUGGAGUCAUGGAUAGAAAUCCACCCGAGAGGUGUCCCCAUCCUCUGUAUUCCCAGGAUUGUCCAGAGGGAAAUGUCCCAGAGAACCAUCAGGGUGAAGAUCUGAUCCAUAUUAAGGUUGAGAUUAAAGAUGAAGAAGAAGUGGAGACAAAUCAAGGGGCCAAUCAGCAGUAUGGAGUCAUGUAUAGAGAUCCACCCGAGAGGUGUCCCCGUCCUCUGUAUUCCCAGGACUGUCCAGAGGGAAAUGUCCCAGAGAAGCAUCAGGGGGGAGAUCUGACUAAUAAUAAAGUGGAGGAUGAAGAAGAGAGGAUGAGGGGCCAUCACCCGUGUAUGAGGGAAGGGAAGGACGAAAUUCCAGGAGGUGUUACCCCAGAAAAUCCCAACUGUGAUGAAGAUGUGAUGUUAUCGCUGAAUUAUAACGAUGAAGAUACCAUGCAGCGCUCCUCAGGCAAAGAUUAUACACUACAACCUGUACUACAUCCAGGACAUCACAGUACAGAUCUCUCAUACAAUCCAACGGAUCAUCAGGAACCUUCUCCCAACCAAUCACAAGUUGUUACCGCAAGUGCAGAGCAGAAAGGGAGGAAAAGGUUUCAUUGUGAUGAAUGUGGAAAACAGUUUAAAAGAAGAUCAAAUCUUCUUACUCAUGGAAGAAGUCACACAGGAGCGAAGACAUAUUCGUGUUCAGAAUGUGGGAAAUGUUUUAUAAAUCAAUCUAAACUUGUUAGACAUGAAAAAAAUCACACAAUAGAAAAGCCAUAUUCAUGUUCAGAAUGUGGGAAGUGUUUUAAAUGUAAAUCAGAUCUUGUUAUGCAUGAGAGAAUUCACACAGGAGAGAAGCCAUAUUCAUGUUCAGAAUGUGGGAAAUGUUUUACUGCGAAAUCACAGCUUGUGGCACAUAAUAGAACUCACACAGGAGAAAAGCCAUAUUCAUGUUCAGAAUGCGGGAAAUGUUUUACAGAUAAAUCAACUCAUAUUAGACAUGAGAGAAUUCACACAGGCGAGAAGCCGUAUUCAUGCUCAGAAUGUGGGAGAUGUUUUACAAGUAAAUCAGAUCUUGUUACACAUAAAAAACGUCAUACAGGAGAGAAGCCAUGUUCAUGCUCAGAAUGUGGGAAAUGUUUUACUGAUAAAUCCGCUCUUGCUAGACAUGAGAGAAUUCACACAGGAGAGAAGCCAUAUUCAUGUUCAGAAUGUGGAAAAAGUUAUACUGUGAAAUCACAUCUUGUUAGACAUGAGAGAAAUCACACUGGAGAUAAGCCAUAUUCAUGUUCAAAAUGUGGAAAAUGUUAUAUCGUGAAAUCACAGCUUGUUAGACAUGAGAGAUUCCACACAGGAGAGAAACCAUUUUCAUGUUUAGAAUGUGGAAAAUGUUUUCCUCUAAAAUCACAUCUUGUUAUACAUGAGAGAAUCCACACAGGAGAGAAGCCAUUUUCAUGUCCAGAAUGUGGGAAAUGUUUUACAAAUAAUUCAGCCCUUGCUAGACAUGAGAGAACGCACACAGGAGAGAAGCCAUGUUCAUGUUCAGAAUGCGGGAAAUGUUUUACAAAUAAUUCAGCCCUUGCUAGACAUGAGAGAACACACACAGGAGAGAAGCCAUAUUCAUGCUCUGAAUGUGGGAAAUGUUUCAUACAGAAUUCAGCUCUUGCUAAACAUGAGAAAAUUCACCUGAGACAACGAGAGUAUAACCAAGCUGCGUUCCUUGAUGGAAAAAUGGCGAUCUCUCAAUAUAUUUCCUUUUUUCGGCGCAUUGCGGCGGUCAAAAUGACUAUCCUGCCCAAGCUACUCUACUUUUUCGAGACGUUACUGGUGCGAGUUCCUUUAGCUGCGCUACGUUCCCUUCAAUCGGCUAUUUUUCGAUUUAUUCGGGACACUAAAAGACAUCGACUGCCCAUGUUGGUGAAGAAGUCCUCUAGUGGGCGCUGUCGGGCCCCUGUGUGUGAAGGAUGGGGAAGAACCCGGAGCCCAAUCCCGGGGCCCCCACCUCACCCCCUGAUACAUAAGGAAAUGGAAGAACAGAAGAUCCUAGAACUCAUCAACAAGAUGAUGGAGCUGCUGACUGGAGAGGUUCCUAUAAGGUGUCAGGACGUGGCGGUCUAUUUCUCCAUGGAGGAGUGGGAGUAUGUAGAAGGACACAAGGAUCAGUACAAGGAUCAGGUCAUGAUGGAGGAUCAGCAGCCCCUCCCAUCACCAGAUGGAGUCAUGUAUAGAGAUCCACCCGAGAGGUGUCCCCGUCCUCUGUAUUCCCAGGACUGUCCAGAGGGAAAUGUCCCAGAGAAGCAUCAGGGGGGAGAUCUGACUAAUAAUAAAGUGGAGGAUGAAGAAGAGAGGAUGAGGGGCCAUCACCCGUGUAUGAGGGAAGUGAAGGAGGAAAUUCAAGGAGGUGUUACCCCAGAAAAUCCCAACUAUGAUGAAGAUGUGAUGUUAUCGCUGAAUUAUGAAGAUGAAGAUACCAUGCAGGGCUCCUCAGGAGAAGAUCAUACACCACAACCUGUACUACAUCCAGGACAUCACAGUACAGAUCUAUCAUACAAUCCGCCAGAUCAUCAGGAACCUUCUCCCGACCAAUCACAAGUUGUUACCGCAAGUACAGACAAGAAAGAGGGGAAAAGGUAUCAAUGUAAUGAAUGUGGAAGAUAUUUUUCAAGAUCAUCAAAUCUUUGUACUCACAGAAAAAGUCACACAGGAGAGAAGCCGUAUUCAUGCUCGGAAUGUGGGAAAUGUUUUGUACGCAAAACACAGCUUGUUAGACACGAGAGGAUUCACACUGGAGAGAAGCCGUAUUCCUGCUCAGAAUGCGGGAGAUGUUUUACGUGUAAAUCAAAUCUUAUUAGGCAUAAUAGAAUUCACACAGGAGAGAAGCCACAUUCAUGCCCAGAAUGUUGGAAAUGUUUUAUAAGUAAACCAGAUCUUGUUAUACAUGAGAGAAUUCACACAGGAGAGAAGCCAUAUUCAUGUUCAGAAUGUGGGAAAUGUUUUAAAGAUCAUUCAAAUUUUGUUAAACAUAAAAGAUAUCACACAGGAGAUAAUUCAUAUUCAAGCUUUGAUUGUGGGAAAUGUUUUACAGGUAAAAAAGAUCGUUAUGCAUGAUAGAAGCCUCACAGGAGAGAAGCCGUAUUCAUGUUCAGAAUGUGAGAGAUAUUUUUUUUUUUUAUCUCAACUUGUUAAACAUGAGAGAUUUUUUUACAGGAGAGAAGCAGCAUGCAUGCUUAAAUUGUGGAAAAAUUUUAUAUGAUCUUGUAACACGUGACAGAAGUUACACAGGAGAGAAGCCAUGUUCAUGUUCAGAAUGUGGAAAAUGGUUUAAAGAUCAUUAAAAUUUUGUUAAACAUAAAAGACAUCACACAGGCGAAUAGUCAUAUUCAAGCUUUGAAUGUGGGAAAUGUUUUACAAGUAAAAAGAUUGUUAUGCAUGAUAGAAGCCUCACAGGAGAGAAGUCGUAUUCAUGUUCAGAAUGUUUUUUAUUUAUUUAUUUUUAAUAAUAGCUUGUUAAACGUGAGAGAAUUUAUUCAGGAGAGAAGUCACAUUCAUGCUUAAAUUGUGGGAAAUGUUUUACAAAUAAAUCAGAUCUUGUUACACAGGAGAGAAGCCAUGUUUGUGUUCAGAAUGUAGGAAAUGGUUUAGAAAUAAAUCACAUCUUGUUAGACAUGAGGAUUCACACAGGAGAGAAGCCUUCAUUAUGCUCAGAAUGUGGAAAAUGUUUUAUAAAUAAAUCAGAUCUUGUCACACAUGAGAGAAAUUACACAGUAGAGAAGCCAUGUUCAUGUUCAGAAUGUGUGAAAAGGUUUAGAGAUCAAUCACAUCUUGUUAGACAUGAGAGAAUUCACAACAGGACAGAAGCCUUAUUAAUGUUCAGAAUGUGGGAAAUGUUUUCCAAGUAAAUCAGAUCUUGCUAGACAUGAGAGAAGUCACAUGAGACAAAGAGAGUCUCAGCAGUAAAACCUUCCAGCGAGAUGCUGAAGUUGAAAGGAUUCUAAGGGACAAAACAAAUAAUAACCCAGUCCAAUGAGCAUAAUGUGACCAUCUCCUGAUUCGGUCCUGAUUGUCCCUGAUAGAAAUGAAAUGUGAUUGUAAGUCCUUUAGAACAGUAGACAUGAGGGUCUCCUCUGGGGGGUUUACUGGAUAUCUAUGCGGCCUCUUGAAGUUGUUAAUAUCUCAGAGCUCACAGAGUUUUCUUUGUUGACUUGAUUCUUCUUCCCUAAUUCUCUCCUCAUAUUGUUCUUCUUCCUAAUCUCCAGUAAUCUCACUGACCCCCCUAUCUAUUCCUACAAUACGAUCACAUAGAGCAAAUAGGGCAAUUGCCCAGGGCAAAAUCACAGAACUAAUUAUAAUGCUUAAAGUGUGAACAAAACACUAUAACCGAAAGAACACUAUAAGAUGUACCUUUUAUUAAUGAUUCUUUAUAAAUGUCCACAGAACGGACCACAAUACAAAACACUUGUGAUAUAACAACUGAGAGUGUGAUAAACAAAGAAAUCCCUGUAUAUCUUUUUACAGAUAUAUGAAACAACAAUAUGGAAAUGCCCUCAAAAAUGCCCACUAGUGACGUAUCCUUGACGACGGCGCACAGGGACUUUCAUGCGCAUGAACGUCCCUGUGCGUCGUCGUCAAGGCAACGUCACUAGUCCGGGGCCGGAGCGGAGAAGAGGGCCUCCCGGUGAAAAUGUAUAAGUUGCCCUUGUAUAAGACAGACAUUCACCACAUUAUGGGUGUCAGAUCUGAGCAUUCCUAGAUGAACAGUUUCCUGGAAAAUGGAUUGGUCGUCGUGGUCCAGUUGAAUGGCCCCAAGGUCUCCCGAUCUGACCCCCUUAGACUUUUAUCUUUGGGGUCAUCUGAAAGCAAUUGUCUAUGCUGUGAAGAUACGAGAUGUGCAGCACCUGAAACCAUGGAUACUGGAAGCCUGUGCUAGCAUUUCUCCUGCGGUGUAUAUAGCAGUGUAUACGGAUACUGGAAUCCUGUGCUAGCAUUUCUCCUGCGGUGUAUAUAGUAGUAUAUAGCAGUGUAUACGGAUACUGGAAGCCUGUGCUAGCAUUUCUCCUGCGGUGUAUAUAGUAGUAUAUAGCA